AAACAACUUCCCACGCUCGGCGGGUGUUGAGCGCUUCCUUCUUGCAACCCACAAGGGUGACAAGCGGCAGGAGGAAGGGGGCGAAGACAGAUUGGAGCCGAGGGAGGAAGAAGUAGAAAGUGACCGCGCCUUAGGCCAAGGCCUCCCGGAGCUGAGACAAAUUGAGGCGGGAACCGUCGUUGCUGGAGGCAACAUGAACUCGGGGCCUAUUAGGGCGACGCGGGGCCGUCGGCAUGCUCAGUUCCCGCUGCUGGUCUUGUGGGCGCUGCUGCUUCUGACCCGCUCUUCGGAGGAAGAGAAGAAACGGGAAAACACCAGAGACAUAAUUUUUGAUAUUUGUGCUACUUGCCAUGCAAAUGCCACCUGUGUACAAAAAGAUGGCAAAGAUAUCUGUGAAUGCAACUAUGGAUUUAUUGGAAAUGGAAGAACAAUCUGUAGUGAUAAAAAUGAAUGUCUUUCUGGCAUUUGCGGAGAGCAUGCUGUAUGCCAUAACACACACGGAAGCUAUUACUGUGUUUGCCAUGUAGGCUUCCAGGCUUCCAAUAAACAUGGAACAUUUAUUCCCAAUGAUGGCACAAAAUGUAUAAUUGUGGAUUGUGGACCUCCACCUUAUAUUCCAAACACUCUGUCAGCUCCUGUGGAUAAAACCACAUAUGGAAACCAAAUUCUUUAUACUUGUCAGCCUAAUUAUGUCCUUGAAAGUGGAAACUCAGCUGCGGUUUGCAGUGCCAAAGGAAAAUGGGAAGGUGCAGAUAUGGUGUGUAAAGAAAUAGAUUGUGGAAAACCACCGUGGCUGCCAAAUGCAGAUAUUAUCUGGAAUAACAGCACAACUUUAGGGAGCACCAUAUACUAUAAAUGCAAGGAUGGAUUUCAGUCUUUUGGAGAACAUAAUUUUUCACAAUGUAAAAUAUCUCGCAAAUGGGAAAACAUUACUUUUGAAUGCAAAGAGAUCAUCUGUGGCCAACCUCCUGUACUGUCUUUCUCAAACAUGAUAUGGAAUGGGUCUACUCAUCCAGGAAGCACCGUAGAAUACAACUGCAUGAAAGGUUUCUAUUCCACAGGGACAAAAAGUCAUUCAGCUUGCACAAGAAAUGGAUCUUGGGAAAUGUUGGAUUUAAGAUGUAAAAAAGUGCAAGACUUUGUUAAUGUUACAUGGAAAGAUCCUUGUGUAUCAUGGAGGAGACAUUAUGGAAGUGCUGGAGUAAAUGAAACUUAUCAAGUUACUGUGUUGAUGCUAGGAAAUGAAUCAAAAGAAAUGACAGAUAUGUUGAUCAAACCUCCUGCCACUGAAAUGGCUGUAAAUGUGUGUUUGCAGUUACGCCAACACACAAAUUACACUGUGGAAAUUAUUGCAGACUCUAUUAAUUUGCGUUUACGGCUCAGAAUAGCACAUCCAGUAAUUCAUCCAGUGGUUGAAAAGACAAUAUUCAACAAUAUCUCCAUAUUUAAUGACACCUGUAUUAAAUGGCAGAGAGUCCCAGGAAGAAGACAGUCUGAGGAAACCUACCUAAUUCACCUAGUGGGUCUACGCUGGUAUCAGAAGGAAUUCAGUCAUGAAAUGAUUCUUAACUUUACCACAGAUUCUUGGAAUCCAGAAUUGUGCCUCAAUUUAUCUUCAGGCAGCAAUUACACUGUAAACAUCUCCACUGCUGACCUAAAUCAUAGUGUCCUUAUCCAUUUGAGUGUCCCAUUAGCAGAUCCACCAUCGGCACAAGUAGAAUUCAUGUCCACGCGAGACUUUAUACCAUUAUUGAGCUUUCUAAAAGCUGAAGGAAGAAAUGGUCCAAUCAGUUCUUACCAAGUGAUUGUCAUUCCUGGGAUUCCGCUCUGCAACUUUAAUUGCUACUCCUUGACCAACCUCUCCUACUUCAGCAAAGAUUCAGAAUCCGAUAGCUACGUGACAGCUGAGUUCUCAGCCAAGAGCAUUCCUGAGAACAGGUUGACCUUUGUUCUCGGAGACCGACUAUAUUAUGGAGGAUUUUAUAACGCUCCCUUGAAACCAAGAAAAGCAUAUUGUAUUGUACUUAGGACUGUCAGCAAGUGGAAUUGGAUGAGAACACAGUCCUGUGUAAUAUGGGCCCAUAUUAGAGAUAUAUCAUUCCCAGUGCAGCAUUUGACUAUCGUUAUUUUAAGCUCAGUUUCUGCUAUCAGUACCAUCUUUUUAUUAUUACUCUGCCUAGCAUGCAGCACAUUCAACUCCAUCUGAACCACCAAGAAAACGUUCUUUUGAUAGACUGUAUAUUUAUCAACUGCUAUCAAUAUGGCCCAAGAAAGCAAUGCAUGGUUCUGCAAAUGCUUUUGUCUAAUAGUUACAACUCCUGAUCAUUUGGAAAAGAAUAAAAACAAGACACAAAAAUACGAAGCUAUCCUUCAGUGCUCAAGAGGAAGAAUCCCAUAUGCAAAAUACCAUCUCCUGCCUUCCCAUUUAAAAUGAGUUUUCAUACCUUGUUUUGUUCAUGUAGUUUUCAAUCUUGAAGCUUGUUAUGUUUGUUUACACACGUACACAUUUUACAUACAGAACAAACUCGUGUGUCUUCUGUUUCAGUUCAUGUUAAGACACUGAAUUUAUUUUUGGAUGGGGAGUUACUAAAUAUUUUUAAAUAAGAACCUUUAGUAACUCUUUAAAAAUAGAACAAUUAUAUUAGAGGCCCAAGUUAAAAUCAGAAAUACACAUUUCUGAAAAUGAGUUAAAAUUGAAUUUGUUUUCCUUUGAAAUCAAGAGGAUUUCCCCCCUUUAUUUCAAUAGAAUCUAUGCUUACUUUUGUAAUUUGGAUCCACUCAGUAGGUGCACAUUUCUAGUGAAUUGUUUAAUGGGAUUAGGCUAAAAAGAUGUGUUGUUUUUUAACCAUUCUCAGAAAAUUUUACUGCUUUCAUAAUUUGCAAAGAAGCAAAAUUUGGUGAAAUUUUCAUUUAGCAAGAACUUUACAGUAUUUUUAGCCUCCCACACUUCCCACAUUGCACUUAAAAUUAUAAUGAAAUGCCUUUCAAAGGGUUUUUUGUUUUAGAUUAGAAGCAUGGACAGAAAGCAAGAAGAAAUGGUAUUUUAUUUUAAGACUUACGAUUAUUAGCUUUCAAGGAUUACGGAAGGCACUAUUGACAUUGGAGAGAUUGGGGCUGGCUUCUUCAACCCUCUGGAUCGUCUCCUGGAGGCUUUACCCAUCCAUUUUAAAGCUUUAAGUGAGAAAUGUAAAAUUUACAUUAAUUUUCUCUUUAUAUUGAAAAUGCUAAAACUCCCCCAUCAAAAAUUCCAUUUUGCUACUCUUGGACAUUCUGUAGCCUUGGGCUGCAAACUUCUAACCCCUGGUGUUCUAUGAUCCUCAAAGAAAAAGACACCAUUACAUUUUCUGUUCAAAAAUAAAAUUGUUUACAAAACAAAACAAAACAAAAAAACAACCAAAAGAAUUUUGUAAGCAAAAUGCAAGAGAAAAGUUUCUUUCAUGGAAGUAAACUUUGGGCAAAUCAACACACUCUCAAAUCCAGGGAACUUCUAACUCAGAUGUAUUUGUCCUUAGAACUUUGUUUUAAAUAUAGUUUUUGACUUAUGAUUUUAAGAAAUAAUUGGUAGAAACCAGUUAACCAGAAAUGUUUACAGAACUUUGAUGAUCAUCUGAGUAUUAAA